AUGCGCCUCUUAACACAAGCACUUCUCUUGGCCGGUUGGCUCGCCCCCGUCGUCUCGGCCGGCGUCGCUCUCCAGGCCGCGGACUCGAACGCGUUGGUGACGCGUAGUUCGACAAAGAACAGCACUGCCAUCCACAAGAGUUUCAAGGGAGCUACACUGUUUGCUGGCCAAUACCCAGUCAGCGGCGUGGUCAUCGGCGUCGCCGCGACAUGCGUGGACUGCUACUUGACGGCGCAGCUCCACACGGAGCUCAUCGUCAUACAGGCCAAUCACUCGGCGGCGCCGCAAAAUCUGUCGUCGAUUGCCCACGAGUUUGUCCACGACAUCGUCAACAUUACGGAGACGUUCUUUGACGACAUCUUUCAGUAUGUGAAGAACGAGACCAAGACCGUCGUGCACGAGAUUGUGCACCACGAGCCGAUCGAAGACAUUUUCCACAACUUCACCCGGCCCGACAUCGAUUUCGACCUCAAGGAUCUUACGCCGCUGCCUGAGUACCAGUUCCUCUUGACGCUCGACAAGAUUGACCUGUUUGUGCAGCUGGACCUGGUCGUCACGGCCGCCACCAGCUACACGGUCAACCUGUUUACGUCCGAGACGGACUUUGGCAUCCGCAAGGGCGACGACUUGGAGCUGGGCGUCGUCCUGACGGUGGACCUGAUACUGAGCGCCUCGGGCGUCGUCGACUUGGAGGGCGGGUUCCACCUGCGCAUGGACGAGGGCCUGAGCCUCCAGGUGGACCUGUUUGGCCACAACGUGUCCGAGAUUGUGUGCCACGGCGGCAAGUUUGAGUUUUUGCCCGUGACGUUGCGCGCCGCCGGCGUCACGCUCAAUGCGAUCCUGCGCGUCGGCGUGCACGCCGGCGUUAUCGUGUCGUCGGACGCGUUGAAAGUGCCCGGCUUUGACGACGCAAGUUACAGUGCCGGCAUCGAGACGAUUGUCUAUGCGGACGUCGCCAACCUGACGCUGAUCGUGGCGGCCGGCCCGGGCAUCACCGAUGGGGGCAGCGCCAAGGGCCAUGACACGACGCCGCCGACCAAGGCGCUUGCGGCUCUGGAGGCGGGUGCGGUUGCGGUUGCGGAAGCGGGCGCACUUGCGGAGGUGGCCAAGGCGUCAAGCGACAAGGCCGCCUGUGCCAACAGCGACGUGAUUAUCGAGGGCAUCUUCAACUUUGACAUUGGUGCCAAGGCCGGCGCGUCGCUCGUGAUUGGCGAUUUCCUGUCGUGGGGCGUCAAUCCGGCCACGAUGCUGCCGGUGUUCUUUACCACCGUGACGCAAUGCGUGGCGUUCAGCAGUCAUGCGGCUCCGGCGACGUCGACGGCGACCGCCACGCCGGCGGCCGUGGGGGCGGCAACGACGUCCAAGGUGGCAGCACGGCAGGUCACGCCGACGGCGGCCGUCAACACGGCCACCAGCGUGACGACUGUGAUCAGCACCACCUUUGUCCAGACGGCCGUCGCCUGCAUGUCCCCGGGGCUGGUGAGCUGUCCCAACUCGCUGCAGACCACCGCCGUCACGACAGCCACCAGCACGACCACGCUCACUGUGGACGCCGCCUCUGCAGCAGACGUCACGUUCCCGGAGCCGACAAACACUGCGCCCAUCACCCGGGUGGCCGCAUUCGGCAACAACGCACAGCCCUUGGCGCUGACGGUGUCGGGCACGCCGGUGUCGUUUGUGCCGCCGCCGCCCACGACUUCCUCUUUGGCGCCCUCGUCUUCUUCGACGUCGGCCUCGGACCCGACGUCGACCGGCGUCACCAUUGCCGGCGUGCACGUGUCAUCAAAAACGGAGCAUAUUAUCAUUGGUGCCGCAGUCGGCGCCGGUGUACCGUUGCUUAUUGGCGGCAUUGCAUUGAUUGUGUAA